CAGUGUGAGUGUGCUGUGCACAGACUCUUCCUGUAGCUGUUACCAUUCAUCUCUUGUGUAACUGUCAGCUUUUAAAAACUGUCUUGUAAGAUAAUAAGCAACUUCUGUAAUCCAUGUUUUGGAUUUGUGAUAAGUAAAAUUUGUUUUUUGUGUUUUUUUUUCUUUUUCUGUUGAGACAGUGUGCUUACCUUUUAGAGUAGUUUUAUGUGAUAAUUUUCUGAUAGGAAAUACUUUUUCAAAUAAUUGAAGGCAUUAUAAAAUGUAUUCUUUCUCAUCUGCUUUGAAAAUUCAUAUGUAGAGGGUAUAUGUUGGUUGUCUUUUACUGUUAUGUUCUAUUUUACAUGUUACUCUUCUAGAUUUGUUAGAUUUACUAGUCUGUCAGAGUCCGUGAGGAUUAGCCUUGGCUGAAGUUUGGCAGAGUGUCAAACUUUAUAGCCUGAGAUAAUUCCUUAGCUUUUGUUAUUACAGACACGUGAGGCAGUUUUGUGACAUAGAUUACUGAGGUGCAAAGGAUCACUUUGUCACAAAGACCCCUUUCCCAUCUGUGCAGUCUUCAGUUUGUGUCCCUACGAAAAGCCAAACUAUUGUAAAUGCUUUGUAACUUUCAAUACUAGGGAAGGGUUCAAAGAAAGAUUGAUUAGUUUGUGAACUUCAGAGAUAACCUUUUCUUAAGACUAGGGCUGGGCUUUAUUACACAGAUAAAUCUUAUUAAAAUAGAAAUGCUACCAAAAAGCAGAGUUUAAAGCUAAGGUUAACUGAACUCAAUUUAUAUUUAGAAACUGACUCAGAUAGCUUUCUGUCUGGUCUCAUAUUGGAUGGCCCAGCCCUAAUCAAGUGUGAGCAAAAGCAGAACUAUGCAAACCGCUGUGGUAUAAAUGAAUUUUAGUUGAUAAAUGUCAUCUGAUAACUUGUCUUUUGAAUUGUCUAACAUUAGUAAGCUUACUUUUGUUUUUUCCCUCACUGUGCAACUUUUCCAGGUUUGGACCUUAUGAGUCUUACGACUCCAGGUCUUCUCUGGGUGGGCGAGAUCUGUACAGAUCUGACUAUGGUUUUAAUGAACCUGAACAAAGCCGCUUCGGAGGUAGUUAUGGUGGUCGAUUUGAGAGCUCCUUCCGGACUAGCCUUGACUCUUUCGGAGCCUGCACCUGUAGGCUCUCGGGGGAGAGGAACCCCUGCUUAUCCUGAAAGUGCGUUUGGAAGCAGAAACUAUGAUGCUUUUGGAGGACCAUCCACAGGCAGAGGCCGAGGCCGAGGACACAUGGGUGAUUAUGGAAGCAUUCAUAGACCUGGGAUUAUUAUUGACUAUCAGAACAAGCCCACCAAUGUGACGGCUGCUGCUGCACGAGGAAUAAAAAGAAAGAUGAUGCAAAUAUUUACUAAGCCCGGGGCAGCCUUUAUCAAGAAACCGAAGCUCGCAAAACCUGUGGAAAAGAUGAAACUCAGCAAGUCACCAAGUAAGUCGAUGGCUCAGGGUGCGUGCACAUCAGACAGUGCUCAUGUGCAGCAGUGCACUGUAGCUGUUAGCCUAUAAAUCCUCUUGCAGCUGGUAGCCAGUUGUUUCCAAAUGUAGGGGGUGU